AUGCGCUUCCGAGCUGCGCUUCUCGCAAGAGCUCUGGAGCUUGGACUUCCGAAGCGGCCAAAGGGCAAGGAAGUUGCCGACAUCGUGGCGGAGUCCAUGUUGCGCAUCUUGGAUCUCGAUCGAUCUUUAAGGCUGACUCGACACGAGUUUUGCCUCGCAGCCGUCGUGCAAAAGCUCGCACCCCCAGCAGAGGCCCCUCACAUCUUUGAGAUGCUGUGCCAUGGGGAGCCAGGUCUUUGCACCCAGUUUCAUACGUCUGCAAAUGCCGUGGUCAAGCUGGACGGAUUAAAGUGGCUGUACUUGAUUGCUGCUCGCCCAGACGAUAUACCUGCCGAGACAGCAGGCGAGAAGGCGACAGCGAAAGUCGGCAUCAAGCACGAGAAAGGACGAGCAGAGAAAGACAGCGAUCGUAUCCAUCGCCUUCGCCGGGUGUGGACCGAGACUCCGGCUGUUUUCAAGCGGCUGCGCGAGGAGCAAGAGCGCAAGGUGGAGGAGAUGCUGAGUCAUCAAACUCAAGCUGACAAAGAUCCGCGACCUGACUCGCCACGGUCUGCUGGGCCGGGGCCGGUGCACCGGCUGCUCUACGAGGAUGCCAUGCGCCGUGCCGCACGCCGCGAGGCCGAGCCAGUUGUGGUCAAACCCGCUCGGAGCCACGAUCCCGAGUACAUCGAUCGACUCGCCAAGCCGACGCCGAAAGAAGAGGAAGAGCAGGAGGUAGUUGCAAAGAAGAAACCGGUCAACAUUGAUCGCAUUAUGCAGCUCGCGAAUGAAAAGCGGGUCUGGCACGAAGUCCGGGAACGGCAAAGGCAAGAGAAGAUGGACGAAGAGGUGAAGGGCUUUGAGCAAGCAGCAGCGCAGCUGCGAGACGAGGUUGCGAGGAAGUCUCGGAUGACCAUCGCUGUGCGGCGAUGGAGAGAGAUGCUUGCCCAGGUUCUCCUGAUCGCUGCUUUUGCUCCUGGGUUGAGGGCGGAGAGUCACGGAGAUGGCGUUUGGCAACUGCUCACCCUGGCUGCAGGAAGCUCCAAGGUUCAUCUUCGCUUGGCUGAAGAUCACGAUGGUCUCCUGUCUGUUGCAGGCGGCGCAAGCGUCAGUUGGAAGGACAAGGUCCGCAUCACGAUGACAGCCCGCCUGAAGCUCCUCGUGAAGUUCAAACAGGUGGAGGAGCAAUGGGGCAGCGGCCUCGAAGAACUGCUAGAGGACUUGAACCCCGACGUUCCUCGCUUCGGCCUGGAGAACUUGAAGUCUGGGGCCCCAUUCCAUGGUGGCGGAUUGCCUGCCGGGAAGCCCGGUGGUCACAGUUUGGGGGUUACGCAGUUUGCGCCCUUUGAAACUCCGGAGCCGAGAGUGGCACCGUUUGAGGCGGCCGCGCCGGCCGCCGAGCCCCAGCGCCUCCGCGAGACGGGUGGAGAAAGAAAGGCGAAGGAUUGCUUGAAGGCCCAAAGCGGCACUUCUCGGAGUGCUUCCACGGGAACGCCACCUCGAAGAGGACUGCCGGCGUACAUGCCCCCCGCGCGACUUGAGCAAGAGGCUCCUCUGUCUCAGAGCGCACAAAAAGCAGCCAACCGCUCUGAUUGGGCACGGCCGGUGUCUUUGAUCUAG